CGAUUCGCAACGUACAUUUUGUCAUCAUCCGACCUUUGCUACUUCACUCCAUCAAGCGACUAAUCCAUCACACCGUUUUCGCCACUUUAGCCCAGCCGUCUUUAGCUCAACUCCAUAUAGCUUCGAGCUCUGAGCUCAUAUAAAACUAGCUUUCAUCAAUGGAGCCAGAGAAGAAGGACGCGGAGAAGAAGCCCGAGGCGGAGGAGGCUGAGCAGCCCGGGCCCAGCGCGAGCAUCGGCGAGCAAGCUGGCGAGGAGGAGGAGGAGGAGGAGGAAUGCGGCUGGUGCAAGUGGAUGAAGGCGGGCGGGUGCAAGGAGCCGUUCCAGGUCUGGCUGGAUUGCGUGGACGGCGUGAAGGCGGCGGGGCGGCAGGACGUGGAGAGCUGCGCGGCGGUGAUGGGGCCACUGUGGGAGUGCAUGGAGAAGCACAGGGAGUACUACGCUCCACAGCUCAGCUCGCUGGCAGACAAGAAGGCGGCGGCGGCAGGGGAUGCAGAGGAGGGGCUAGCAUAGGAGGGGGGUAGCAGCUAAACAAGGGGGGUAGCAGCUAAACGAAGGGGGGGUGCAGAGGAGGGGUUGCAGAGGAGGGUGGGUAGCAGCUGAGGGGGGAGAGGAGGGGGCGGCAGCAGAGGGGAAAGGCGGAGGCGAGCAAGGGCAAGUAGGUGUGUAGGGGAGAUGGGAGGGGAGAGGGGGGAGGACAGGGGUUUGGGUGUGGGGCUGGAGAGCAAGCGGUGAGGUGAGGUGUGUGCGGGCGCGAGUGGAGAGGCGGUGAGGGGGUUUGAAUUGGUGGCGGUGUCUGACCAAAGCCCCUGGUAGCUGCAUUGUUGUGAGCGGGAGGAAAGAUGCCGUGUGCCGUGUGAAGCUGAACUGCCAGGUUCAUGCGCAGCCAGUGCAAUGCCCGCCGACGAUGUGGUCGUGGCACCGGGCGUUUCCGAAGGACAAACAAUACAACAGUCUCGUCGGCUGGCGGGCAGGCAGGUCUUCAGGUUCUGGAGGUAGAGGUGUUCAGGUGCUGGGGUCGACGUGUGCGUGAAGGUACCGGUGUGAUGCUGCCCGCUGAAAUGGGCAUACCGUACCGUAAAUGAACAGGGUGCUUGCUGCUUUCAUUUAGAGCUCAACUGCAUCGGGACAGGGACCGUCAGGCGUCUGCUGUUUCAGACAGGGGAGGUUCCUCCCCUGGUUUCAGAUCACGGCUGCAAAGUGCAAACUUUCACCAAUCGUCCUGCUAAAGAGAAAGCACACGCGCGCGGGGGGAUGGCACCACGGGGGCAUUGUGUACCAGGUAUAACGCCAGAGUCUAGCUGCAGCGGGGCGACUGUGCUGCUGCUGGUGCGUGUUGGCCGGCUGGUGCUCGUGCUGGUGCUGGUGUGGUUGGGCUGGUGGCUGGUGCAGGCUGGUGAGCGGGGCGAUAGGAGAUACGGUAUCGACGAUGCUGCAAGGAAAUGAUCAAACGAACGCGCACGAUGCCAAAAGAUGUGUAAGCACA